GGCCAGCGCUGUGUUGCCAUGACGACCGUGGCUGGGUCGCAGCAAAUUUUGUUGGAAACUCUCGCUGCAGUGCCAUGGGGAGCAAGAAGAAGGAAACUGCCCUGCAGGUCAACAUCAGUACCCAGGAACUUUGGGAGGAAAUGCUCAGUUCCAAAGGACUAACUGUCGUCGACGUCUACCAAGGCUGGUGCGGCCCCUGCAAGCCCGUGGUGAGCCUCUUCCAGAAGAUGAGGAUCGAGGUCGGCCUGGACCUUCUGCAUUUUGCAUUAGCAGAGGCAGACUGUCUUGAUGUCCUCGAAAAAUACAGAGGGAGGUGCGAGCCGACCUUUCUGUUUUAUGCAAUUAAAGAUGAGGCUCUUUCUGACAAAGAUGAAUGCUUUUCCCACGAAAAGGAAGAUGGUGACGAUGAGGAUGCGGUGUCAUCAGAGAAGGCCUGCACCUUGGCAGUCAUUAAACCAGAUGCGGUGGUCCAUGGGAAGACGGAUGAGAUUAUCAUGAAGAUCCAGGAAGCUGGGUUUGACAUUUUAACAAAUGAAGAGAGAACCAUGACAGAAGCAGAAAUGCGACUUUUCUACCAACACAGAGCUGGAGAGGAGGCAUUUGAGCAGCUGGUACAUCACAUGUGCAGUGGACCGAGCCGCCUCAUGAUCCUCACCAGGACUGAGGGCACCGAGGAUGUGGUCACCGCCUGGCAAACCCUCAUGGGACCCUGUGACCCCGAUGUGGCAAGGAGGGAGCAGCCUGACAGUCUCCGGGCUCAGUAUGGCACAGAAAUGCCCUUUAAUGCGGUCCACGGAAGCCGGGACUCGGAAGAUGCCCGCCGGGAAAUGGCACUGCUCUUCCCCAGUUUUAAGUUUUCAGACCAGGUUCCGGAAGCCCCUCUGGUUGUCAGGAGCAGAGUGUGCUUUCCACGUACCCAGCACUUCUUCUGGGCCCUGGAGACAGAAUCCUGGGUUUGAAUCCUGGCUCCACUAUCUACUAGCUGAAUAGCCUCGGGAAAGUUACUUCCCUUUUUGGACCUCAGUUUCCUCAUUUGUGAAAUGGAGAUAAUGAGAGGCCCAUUAUAGCCCCAUAAUAAUCCUCUUCCUCAGAGGGCUCUUGUGAAGAUGAAAGGAGACGAAGCACGUGAAGCUCUUAGCCUGGGGCCUGACACACAGCAAGUGCUCAACCCAUGUCACUUCCUCUCCUAAUUUUUUCCGAGUCCCUAACACACAUAUUAGGACCUCUCUUUGCGGCUCCGUCCACCCUGACCCCUAACUUCACCGUCUGUGAUGCACUUAGAUUUUCCCCUUUCCGCUGUUCCUUUGUGGACAGUUUGGGGACAGGGCUGCUGUGAGAAGU